AAAAGAAAGUGGUACUAAAUUCAGUCGUUCUCCCGCAAAGAAACGAAGCAAGCGAGAAGACUGGAAAAACAAUUCCCGCCAAAAACUGUGGAAGAAACCACCGCAUCGGAAAGAAGAUGCACAUAAUAGGGGAAGAAUCGCAGCCGCAGCAGAGGUGUGGAUAUGGAAACUCCUCCACCGAUCCAUUUGGUUUACUUUAUAUACUCGAUGUUUAUUUCCCUCAGCAACUGUUCACUGUCCAAGAUUCGUGGCUCAACCUCACUUCUGCUCUUCUCUCCUUCUUCUCUUCUUCCUCCGGCCAAAGCCUGGCUUCUCAGGUGAAAAAUGAUUAUGGAAACUUUGUCCUGUCAGUAGACUUUCAGCAACUCAAACAAAUAUGCCAUGUUGAGGAAUUUUAUGCAAUGUUGAGGGAGAAACCUAAAAUUGCUAUCUUAUGCAUGAGUGCCGCACUUCACAAGGUUUUGCUUUCCAACUUGGAGAAUGACAAGCCGGAGCUUGAUGCAAAAGUAGAUAUCCGUCUUCAUAACUGCCCUGAAACUAUGAUUGCUCUAAAGAACUUAAAAGCAGCUUUCAUUGACAAGCUUGUCUCAGUUCGUGGUACUGCUGUGAAAGUCAGCACUGUCAGGCCUCUUGUAGUAGAGCUGACUUUCAAAUGUAGUAAAUGUAAACAAAGUAUUACGCGUAUAUUUCCAGACGGCAAAUUUUCACCUCCAUCAACUUGUAAUUUGCAUGGUUGCAAGAGCAAAAUCUUUAUUCCAUUGCGAUCUACUGCUCAAACUAUUGAUUUUCAAAAAAUAAGAGUUCAAGAGAUAUUAAAACCUGAAGAUCAUGAAGAAGGGCGAGUGCCUCGAACAGUGGAAUGUGAGCUUACUCAAGAUCUUGUAGAUGCAUGCAUACCUGGUGAUGUGGUGACUGUUACCGGAAUUAUAAGAGGAAUUAACACUUAUAUGGAUAUUGGAGGAGGGAAGUCAAAGAACAGAAGCCAGGGGUUUUACUACUUAUAUCUGGAAGCUGUAUCUGUAAAAAAUUCGAAGUCACAGUCCACUCCUGGAGAUUCGCAAGAAGCUAAUCCCAAAGCUAGACCAUCUGAGCUGUUGGAUCUGUUUUCAUUUUCUUCAAGGGAUUUAGAAUUUGUAGUGAAGUUUGUGGAGGAACAUGGUUCAGAUUUGUUUCGUCAAAUCCUUCAAUCUAUAUGCCCAUCCAUCUAUGGCCAUGAGCUUGUUAAAGCCGGGAUAACUCUUGCAUUAUUUGGUGGUGUGCGAAAGCAUUCUAUGGAUCCAAAUAAGGUUCCUGUGAGGGGAGACAUUCAUGUUAUAAUUGUUGGUGAUCCUGGUCUUGGUAAAAGCCAAUUGCUACAAGCAGCAGCAGCAGUUUCUCCACGUGGCAUUUAUGUAUGUGGGAAUGCCACAACCAAAGCCGGCCUCACGGUAGCUGUAGUGAAGGAUAAUAUGACAAGUGACUAUGCAUUUGAGGCUGGUGCCAUGGUUCUGGCUGAUAGUGGAUUGUGCUGUAUUGAUGAGUUUGAUAAAAUGUCAUCAGAACAUCAGGCUUUACUAGAGGCAAUGGAGCAACAAUGUGUUUCCAUUGCAAAGGCUGGUCUAGUAGCAAGUUUAUCAUCCCGAACUUCUGUCCUGGCAGCUGCAAACCCCGUUGGUGGUCAUUAUAACCGGGCGAAAACUGUUAAUGAAAAUUUGAAAAUGAGUGCUGCUCUUCUGUCACGUUUUGAUUUGAUUUUCAUACUGUUAGACAAACCUGAUGAGCUUCUAGACAAGCGACUCUCCGAGCACAUUAUGUCCCUACAUGCUGGGACUGGACAACGUUCACUGGCAUUGAAAAAGCGACGUGGAGAUCCGCUCCCUGAGUCCAGAACUGUUGUAUCGCAGAAUGGUGAAAGUGGUGUAAAUUUGGGUGUUAGAUCUGGUUCUUUGGUUUCAAGGCUGAGACUUGACCCACAAAGAGACAGAGAUUUUGUUCCAUUACCCAGUCAACUUCUUCGUAAAUACAUUGCCUAUGCAAGGAGUUUUGUAUUUCCUAGGAUGUCCAAGCCAGCAGCAGAUAUCUUGCAAAAGUUUUACCUUAAACUUAGAGAUCAUAAUACUUCGGCUGAUGGCACUCCUAUAACAGCAAGGCAACUGGAAAGUCUGGUAAGGUUGGCUGAAGCUCGAGCUCGGGUGGAAUUGAGGGAAGAAAUAACAGCCCAAGAUGCACUGGAUGUUGUGGAAAUUAUGAAGGAAUCUCUGUAUGAUAAAUAUGUUGAUGAGCAUGGUAUUGUUGAUUUCGGUCGAAGUGGGGGAAUGAGUCAACAAAAGGAGGCAAAACGCUUUCUAAAUGCUCUCAAUAAGCAAUCUGAACUAGAACAAAAAGAUUGUUUUUCAAUAUCAGAAAUAUAUAACCUUGCAGAUAGGAUUUCCUUGAAAGUUCCAGAUAUUGACACUUUCAUUGAUAAUUUAAACAGUGUUGGUUAUCUUCUCAAAAAAGGACCAAAAACAUACCAGGUGCUAUCCUCUUCGUAUAGUCGAAGCCAAUCAUUUAGGACUAGAGGCUAACCCGAAUUUGAGCAGUAAUUUUUGUGUUAUGCUGAAUUUUGGGCUGUGUGCUGCAUUAUCACAGUAUGGCAUGCCAUGCAUGAGAACAGGAUAGAUAAUUUUUGUAUGCAAAGCAUGUAUUUACAGCCUAAACUCUAGCAGUCUAGCCCAACAAAUGGAGGGAAAAAGAAAGGAAAAGAAGAGGGAAAAAGAGAAAGGGGGGAGGGAGCGUACUGCUGACCUCAAAUUUAACCCCCUGUAGUAAAAGAAAAAUGAGCAGAUCCAUCCAUGUUAAAUAUGAACAUGGCUUUUGUCAUAUUUAAAUCUUAACAAUUAAGGUAGUUUAAAAAAGGGUGACAAGGUAAAAA